AUGGCAAGAACGGAUGAGACAUGCAGAUAUGUAAGAGUUAGUGAACUUUUUGUGUAUGAGAAAUUUAGUAGGGUUGCUGCACAGGCUGUGGAGGCUGGUGAUAUCUGUGCUGUUUGUGGUAUUGAUGAUAUUCAGAUUGGUGAGACAAUUGCUGACAAAAUUUCUGAGAAGCCACUACCUGCCAUUAAGGUGGAAGAACCUACAGUGAAAAUGGCUUUUUCUAUCAAUACUUCACCUUUUGUUGGCCGUGAGGUAUGUUGGUUUGUUUGUUUGGCAUUGGUGGCGGUGGUGGUUGUUAUUGCUGUUGUUGUUAUUGCUGUUGUUGUUAUUGCCUAA